AUGCCUUCUCUGGACGAUCACUCGUGUUGCAACCAUCGCGAGGACCAAGAGCAUCACGCCAGAUCCGAAGAAGAUCCCCAGCAGGGUCUAUUUCACCAAGUAUACGAAUGGCUUCACCAUGAGAAAGUCAGACGACAGAAUCGUAAAGCACGGAAAGCCGAGUCACCCUCCCAUGCAACAAAGCAAAACGAAUCAGCUGCAGAAGAUGAUGCCCUAGAAAGACCCAGCUCAAACACCUCGGAGAACACCUUUUCCCUGGAUAAACUGGAAAAGAUCCUCCUCCAAUAUGCGACUACCCGGCCCGCCAGUGCAAUGGGCUUGACCCACAGACAGCCUGUCAAACGGCAAUCUCGACAUCGUCUUAGAGGCCUACGAAGAGGCUCGGCAUCCGAGUCGGAACUCACAGAUGUCGAUGCGGCCCCACCAAGCGUGGAAGCUGUCCUUGACAAUACAAAGACACUUGCCUACACCGGUGGCGCUGCAGUAGAAGAGAUCGCCGAUUCCAGUGCGAGUGUGAAGCAAGCAAAGGAUGCAGAGGCUUGGGUGAUUUUCAAGUCCGAGAUCGUGCGUCUUGUGCACACUCUACAGCUUAAGGGCUGGCGCAGGGUUCCCGCGGAUUUGGCGGGAGAGAUUGAGGUGGUCAGACUCAGCGGUGCUCUCACGAACGCCGUGUAUGUAGUUGAACCACCGAAGAAUCUGCCUCCUCCCAAGACCGAUAGCAACAGUCUGGUUUCAAGAAAGCCCCCGCCCAAGCUUCUCUUGCGUAUCUACGGUCCUCAGGUCGAUCAUCUAAUCGACCGAGAGAAUGAGCUACAGAUUCUUCGUCGUCUCGGAAAGAAGAACAUCGGCCCACGCAUUCUUGGAACUUUCCGCAAUGGCCGUUUCGAAGAGUACUUUGAGGCUCGCCCACUCACUCCCAAGGAGCUGCGGAUGCCCGAAACGGCGAAGCAGGUUGCCAAGCGGAUGAGAGAAUUGCAUGAUGGCGUUGAACUUCUUGAAGAAGAACGCGAAGGCGGUCCUAUGAUCUUCAAGAACUGGGAUAAGUGGGUAGAUCGUUGCGAGCAAGUGAUGACCUGGCUGGACAAAGAAAUCGAAUCCCCUCAAAAUGAGACCAAAGCGGCACUGGAGCCAUGGCGUCGUCGCGGCUAUGUAUGCGGCGUAAAGUGGGACGUGUUCCGCAAAGCCGUGGAAAAGUACCGGCAAUGGUUGGUUGCCAGCUCUGGUGGAAAUGCGGAGAUCAAGCGACAGCUUGUAUUUGCACACAAUGAUACUCAAUAUGGCAAUCUACUUCGUAUGGAGCCGGCCACGGAGUCACCGCUACUCUUGCCUGCAAAUGAGCACAAACAGCUCAUCGUUAUCGACUUCGAGUACUCUUCUGCCAAUACCCGUGGCCUGGAGUUCGCCAACCACUUUACCGAGUGGUGCUACAACUACCAUGACGAAGAGCGCUCAUGGGCUUGCAACAACCGCACCUACCCGACACCGGACCAGCAGUACCAUUUCGUCUCAACCUACCUUACCCACCGACCAUCCAGCGCCAGCGGAGCUAUCUCACCUCUGGCCUCGCCAACCAUUCGCGCUCGCACUUCUGCUGUGAUUGCACCAUUGGAUUUGGACGAUGUGUCCGAUAGACCCAGCUCUCGCCUUUCGCAAAACGAGCAGUCCAGAGAGGCUGAACUUGAGGCGGAGGUGCAAUUCCUCAUGCAGCAGACCCGGAUGUGGCGGGCGAUGAACUCCGCGCAGUGGGUGGCUUGGGGUAUUGUCCAGGCCAAGGUGCCUGGCAUGGAAGAAGGCAUUGCCGAGAUGCUUGCAGCUCGCAACGGCGAUGACCCUAAGACGCCUGCGGAAGCGGAUGUCGAAGAAGAAGAUGACGGAGACUUUGACUACCUGGCUUACGCGCAGGACCGAGUCAUGUUCUUCUGGGGUGAUCUGCUGACACUGAAUCUGAUCAAGCCAGAGGAACUGCCUGCGCCUCUAUUGGAGCAUGUCAAGUCACGACUUGUUGCAUACUGA